GGCUGAGGUCUGAGCCAAUGACGUUCCUUCUUGUAGGGAGACUGGCUGGUAGAUGACAUUCGUUUGUUCCAUGCUUGUGUCGACUCUGUUUUUGUUAAAUAUUUCAAAAUGAACGUUGUUCUGUGGACCUUUUCUCGACUGCGUGGAAUAACCCACGUAAGCAGGUUCCCUACAGGGGAUCUCACAGGAACUGGAACUUCUCACCUUAGAUUAUUCAGCCACUGGAUUGUGUCCAGCACAGCUGCAAAACCUCAGAUUUCUAGACUCCCCACACCACUUUCUUCACAAGCAGAGGGCUCUGAAACGUUUCAGCAACUUCCCUGGCAAUAUCAGCAAGUACGCACCCGGAAAAGAGGCACGGAGUAUCAGCCCAGUAACAUCAAACGUAAAAGAACCCAUGGCUGGAUCAAGAGGGUCAGCUCACAAGGUGGCAUCGAGGUGAUUCUGCGGCGUAUGCUGAAGGGACGAAAAUCACUCACACACUGAACGUUCUCGGGACUUCUACAAGACGAACGAGGACGGAGUGCUGGCUGGUCAAACGUGGGAGUUUCUCAGAUGUCACGGUGAACAUGUGCGUGGUUCCACAGUGGCGAGAGGAGACUGGGAGCUGACUUGUGCUGGUGGCGGUGCCCACCCACCACAACGCUUAAGUCAAAAUAGUUAAAUGUUGUUAUACCCUUUUUUUUGUUAAAUCAUUUGGUCAAAAACUAAAUGUCUAAUAAUAAAUUAUUUAUGAAAUCA